AUGUAUCUGACAGGGACCCUACCAUAUCUCCUCCUACUACCAAUGUUAGUGUGUGUCUGUUCUUUAGAAGGUGCUCUUCCCGGUGUCAAAUUCUUCCUCACACCUGGCUGGGAUGCUUUACAAAAAUUACAGGUUUGGUCCGAUGCUGCCAAACAACUUUUUUUCUCACUCGGAUUAGGCACUGGUAGUUUUUCUAUGAUGGCUGGUUACACCCAUUUUCAUAGUAACAGUUUCCGGGUUUCUCUAUUAGCAGUUACAGUCAACUUCAUUGGGACAGAAAUUGCAGGUCUUUUUAUGUUUGCUGUUUAUGGAGUCUUUACAAAACUUUACAAACUUCCACUGACCAGUUUAGAAAUUCCAGCUCUUGAUUUGGCAUUUAUAACAUUUCCGGAAAUCACGUCUCUCAUGUCAUUCCCUCCACUGUGGUCAGUGUUUUUUUACCUGCUUCUCACCGUGACCAGUCUCAAUGGCAUCCUCGUCUUCACACAGCUUAUCGUCUCCUGCCUGGAGGUGCUCUACCCGAUGCACGAACGCCGACAUUACAAGAUGUUCUGGCUGUUUGUGAUUUGUGUGUUGAUUUUUAUCUGCUCCUUGUUUCUUUUAACGCAGGCGGAUUUAUUCACCGACAAAACAAUGGAUGUCUACAUUCCAUACUGGUCCCUGCUGUUCAUCUCCUUCUCCGAGUGUUUCAUUCUUAUGUGGUUGUAUGGUCCCCGAAAAUUUCUUAGAAAUAUCACGGACAUGACCGGCAGUAUUGAUCGUUUCUUUUGGAAAUGGAUGUGGAGAGUUCUCACACCACUGACCAUUUUGGGAAUUGCCGGUUUUGCCAUUGCAUUGACAUGCUCCUCUUUACGUCGCAAGGAUGAUGCCUUGCAUAUCCGUCAGAUCAUCGGCUGGCUGCUAACAUUGUUCCCUUUCCUCAUCAUCACCAUUUACUUCUUCCACAAAGUAAUCCAAGAAUUUUCCAAAAAGGACGACUUAAAGGCAGCCGAAGAGAAGUUAAGCAAUUCUUUUUUCUUUUUCUUCUUUUCUUCCUUUCUUCUUUUCUUUUCUUCUUUUCUUUUCUUUUCUUCUUUUCUUUUCUUUUCUUCUUUUCUUUUCUUCCUUUCUUUUCUUUUCUUUUAG